GGUCACAAUUGGACACCACAGUCCGUGACUUCAAUUUAGAUCGGCAAGGUGGGGUACACAGUCGGAGGUUGCCACUCUGAAAUAAACCCCCUUUUCGAGACCAAAUUACAUAUCGUGCUACAGUAACGCAGCAGCGUGUGCACUUUACCUCGACGCAUGAUGUCGUACCAAUCGAGUGCCGAUUUGUAUUUGUGUUGUCUAUUGACGUGACUUUAAUUCUUGAAAUGGGGUCGGUUAAUCAAUAGCUGUUCCCUAUGCGUGUGGACCUGUAAAAGCUUGCUGUGUUUUCCUUGCUCCCACUGAAAUGGCAACCCGUGUUAAAGGCGCACGAGCCAGUGCGCCAGCAGAGCGCCUAGCAGAGACAGAGCGCUGACUGCACAGAUCCUUCACAUCACACACGAUCAGAUGUUUUUAUUUUAAGAUUCGGAUAAAGAGCAGGUGCAGCACUCCACCGCGUCAUCUGAAUGGAAACAUGGACGCCUUCGGGGGAGAACAUUUGACCAAUCAUGUCCAGGAACUAUGAGCCCGGGCACUCGGUAGGGAUGCUGGCGGCCGUGGAGCACGGUCCCAUCCUCUGCAGCGACUCCAACAUCCUGUGCCUGUCCUGGAAGGGCCGCGUGCCCAAGAGCGAGAAGGACAAGCCCGUGUGCCGGCGGCGGUACUACGAGGAGGGAUGGCUCGCCACGGGCAACGGCCGCGGCGUGGUGGGCGUCACCUUCACGUCCAGCCACUGCCGUCGGGACCGCAACACGCCGCAGAGGAUCAACUUCAACCUGCGGGGCCACAACAGCGAGGUGGUGCUGGUGCGCUGGAACGAGCCCUUCCAGAAGCUGGCCACCUGCGACAUGGAGGGAGGGAUCUUCGUCUGGAUCCAGUAUGAAGGACGAUGGUCGGUGGAGUUAGUGAACGACCGUGGAGCCCAGGUGAGUGACUUCACCUGGUCCCACGACGGCACCCAGGCGCUGAUCGCGUACCGGGACGGCUUCGUGUUGGUGGGCUCCGUCAGUGGGCAGCGCCACUGGUCCUCCGAGAUCAACCUGGAGAGCCAGAUCACCUGCGGGAUCUGGACUCCUGACGAUCAGCAGGUGCUGUUCGGUACUGCGGACGGACAGGUGAUCGUCAUGGACUGCCAUGGAAGGAUGCUGGCCCACGUUCUGCUGCACGAGUCAGACGGGAUCGUGAGCAUGUCCUGGAACUGCCCGGACUUCCUUGUGGAGGACAGCACUGAGAGUGACACGGAUUCUGAUGACAAUGUUCUGCCAUUAGUGCGAAGCAUCAAACCCUUGUUGACGGUGAGCUUCUUAUCAGGAGACAUCAGUUUAAUGAACAACUACGAUGACCUCUCGCCUACCGUGAUCCGCUCGGGCCUGAAAGAUGUGGAAGUCCAGUGGUGCUCCCAGGGCGACCUGCUGGCUGUGGCCGGCAUGGAGAAACACUCUGCAGACACCGACUCUGUCUGCGCCUCCAACACCAGGAACGCUCUGGUGAAGUUCUACAACGUCCAAGGGGAACACAUCUACACCCUGGAGACGCCCGCGCAGAGGCCCAUCACUACCAUCUGCUGGGGUCACCGGGACUCACGGCUGUUCCUGGCGUGCGGGCCGGCGCUGUACGUGGUGCGUGUGGAGCACCGCGUGGCCAGCCUCCAGUUGCUAUGCCAACAGGGUAUCGCCAGCGCACUGCGCGAGGAGAGGGACGUGGGGAAGCUGAACAUGCCCUCCCUGCUCUGCUCUUACGUCACCACCGCCUUCAUUCCCACCAUCAAGCCUCCGAUCCCGGACCCCAACAACAUCCGAGACUUUGUCAGCUACCCCACCGCCGGCAACGAGCGGCUGCACUGCACCAUGAAGCGUGCGGAGGACAACCCUGAGGCGGGGGGGCCCUGCUACACGCUGUACCUGGAGCACCUGGGGGGCCUGGUGCCCAUCCUGAAGGGCCGGCGCAUCAGCAAGCUGCGCCCCGAGUUCGUCAUCAUGGACCCCAAAAUGGAUGGCAAAAUGGAGGAGGUGUGUGUGAACCCAAUGAUCUCCUACACUGACAGCUGCAACGGUUCUGACUCCAGUGACAUCGAGCUGACGGACGAGUGGGUCGGGAAGAAGUCCCCAAAGCUGUCCCGUGGAAACAGGUCACCCAAACUCUUCAGAAUGAACAUGGAAUCCCGGAAAUCUCCUAAGCUCUCACGAGCAAACCAGGAGGGCCAGCGAUCACCACGCUUACCGUCAAAGAAGGCUCCGGUCCGCUCCCCCAGUCUGACUCGCCGGGAAUUUUGUAUGGACGGCAUCACAGAGCACAACUACCUCGCUCAAGUUACAUCCAACAUAUGGGGAACCAAGUUUAAAAUUGUCGGGCUUGCCUCUUUUCUGCCUGCCAAUCUUGGUGCAGUCAUCUACAAAACCAGUUUACUGCAUCUACAACCGAGGCAGAUGACCAUCUACCUUCCGGAAGUGAGGAAGAUCUCCUUAGACUUCAUGAGUCUGCCUGUUUUCAACCCCAACGUCUUCAGUGAGGAUGAGGACGACCUGCCGGUGAUGGGUCCAUCAGGAGUGGCGGGAGACAACCCUCCCUGCACAGUCAACAUCCCCAUCGCUCCCAUCCACAGCCCCGCCCAGGCUAUGUCACCUACUCAGAGUAUUGGCCUUGUCCAGUCUCUUUUAGCCAAUCAGAACAUUCAGCUCGAUGUCCUGACCAAUCCCACGGCCACAGCAGCGGUGGCUGCUGCUGCAGCGGCUGCAGCUGCCGUUCCGCCCGCCGACCACAGCCAGGAUUCGGUUGCGGCGGCGCCGUAUCCAGUGCCGACCCGGUACUCGAACCCGGGUCAGGCCAUCUUCAGCGGCAUGGACAUGGGACCCCCUCUCCUGGCCGUCACUCCUCCUCUUCCGCCUCCUCCCCACCACCCCCCACCCGAGCCGCACCCUCACCCUCCGCACCACCCCCAGCGCUCCCGGGCCCAGCAGCUGCACCAUCAGCCUCCCUCCAAGCAGUCGCAGCAGAUGCAGCUGCAGCAGCAGAAGACGCACCAUCAGCAGCUGCUUCAGCAGCCGCCGCCACACCACCACCAUCAGCAACAGACACAGCAACAACAUCUGCAUCAGCAGCAACAACAGCAGCAGCAACAGCAGCAUCUCCAUCAACAGCAGCAGCAGCAGCAGCAUCUACAUCAACAACAACAGCAGCAGCAGCAACAACACCAACAACAGCAGCAGCAGCAGCAUCAACAACACCAACAACAACUGCAGCAGCUGCACCACCAGCAGCAACUCCUGCACCAACAGCAGCAGCAGGCGCAGCAUCAGCAGCUUCAGCAGAGCCAGCAGCACGCCGCCAACCCGCAGCAACUCCACCAUCAGCAGCAGCAGCAGCUGCACCAGCAGCAGAUGCAGAUUCAGCACGAGCAGAUGCAGCAGCAGCAGCAGCAGAUCCGCCUGCAGAUCCAGGAGAUGCGGCAGCAGCAGCAGCAGCUGCAGCAGCAGCACCAGCAGCUGCAGCAGCAGCACCAGCAGAUGCAGCAGCAGUUGAAGAUGCAGAUGGCGCUGCCCCCUCCCCCGUCCGGGUAUCCAACGCUCUCCCUGCAGCAGCUGCACCUCCUGCCGCCGAUGCCCCCCCCGAACGCGGAGCCCGGGCUGGACAGGGCAGAGCAGCACGGGCACGGGCACGGGUCCAAGCCCAGCCUCCCUCGCUCCCUGCCGCCCUCCUUCAUCGACGCCGACGGCACGGUGGAGAUCCAGAUGAGGAAGAUGAACCCUCCUCCUCCGUACCCUGGCACCACGGUGACGGUGACGGCGUCGGGGGUCUCGUCGUCGGCCAUACCGCAGACCCUCAUCACCAACUGCGACAGCCCCAGCGUACUGGCUCCGGACCCCUGCCUGAAGAAGGACGAGUUCCUGCUUCACCCGGUCACCCUGCAGUACCCCACACCCCUGGGCUACGAGAGGAUCACCACCUUUGACAGCAGCGGCAACGUGGAAGAGGUGUGCCGCCCGCGGAGACGCCUCAUGCGCAACCAGAACACCUAUGCCCUGCAGGGCAUCAGUGGCUCCGCCACCCUCAAGGUCACGUCGUCGGACAGUAAGAAGAUCCAGCUGCCCUACAGCUCCGCCACUCUGAGCAGGCUCUCUGUGCCUCGGUACUCCAUCCCCAGUGGAGAUCCGCCUCCUUACCCCGACCCAGCCAAUCAGGUCCCCGCCACGCUCCCGCCUCCCCAGAGGAUCGACAACACCCUCAUCCACGCCACGCUGCGCCGGGACCGCAGGGACCAGGCUCUCAAAGUGCCGCAGAUGAUGGAGAGCUCACGGACGCUUCCCACCAAGUCGAAGGUGAACAGUGCGCUCGCGCUCUCCUACCAGCAGAGGAUACCCACCGCUCUGUACACCUGCACACAGUGCAGCAGCAACAACAGCAGCACUAAUGUCAGUGUCAGCGGGGGCGGGACCAGCAGCAGUGGCAUUGCAGGGGGCACAGUGGUGCGGCAGGACUUCCCCCCGGGGAAAGGAGCUCACCAUAGCACAAUUAUCGUGCACUCCAAGAGCACCUCCCCCCUCACCUCCCAGUCCUCCCAGUACAAUCUGCUGGGUCCAGUAGACAACAGCAGGGACAGAACCGUGUACGUCAACUCAGCCUUCACCGAGGACGAGGCUGUAAACCAGCAGUGCCAUCUGGAGAAGUCGCUGCGCCAUCUGACCCUCGGCGACGUCGGUUUGACGGUCAAACGUCCUCCACCCUACCAGUGGGACCCGUCGUCCUCCACCUCCACAGAACACUUCUGGCUCGCCCCAGAGCAGACCAUGUUAGCGCCACCGCCGCCGCCACACAAACCCCCACCCCUCCUCUUCAGCCAAGCCCCGCACCUGGACAUGGCCCGGCUUCCCUUUGUGUUCACCACCAAGCCUCCGAACAGCCCUAGCACAAGCACACUGACCUUUCCCUCCGGCUAUCAGAUAUCCCUCUCGCCGUUUCCCCCUGGCAUGGGUCAUAGCGUGACGUCGACGCUGCAGAACCUCCAGAGCACCUCGCAGCAGAGCGAAACAAUCGGGUCGUCGCCUUUUGCACAGCAGGGUGCGAGUCUGGUCCUCCCUCCGGGCUACCCUUCCAGCCUCGCUAACUUGGCUUGCUGCCCUCUACCCCCCAUGUACCCAGGGGCGAGCUCCUGUGCUGGGCUCCAGCUGCACCCUGUGAACCUACACCCCUGGAACCCCUAUCCCUGCCCUCCCCCGCCGCCAAUGCAGGACCCCCCCUCCCACCCAGCGCCUCCCCUGCCUACCAAAACCCACCAGAAGUUAGAAAAGCCUAUCCUUUCGCCGCCACCCCCGACCAUGCCACCUCCUCCUCCCCCACUCCCUCCCCCGCCACCUCCCACAGAACCCCCGCCGCCACCCAAGGGCACCACGGAGGACCAUGCAGAGUCUGCCAACAACUUCCUGGAGCCGCCGUCCCUUAACGACAGCCCCGUGCCACGGGAGUCUGAGCGUGUCAGCAAGAAGAGCCGCAAGAGGCUGGACAGCCGGGCCGAGGAGGCCAACAUGCCCGCCGUCUCCGAGGGCAAAGGAAGGAAGGAGGGCCGCGCACUGUCCGACUUCAACAGCCUCAUCUCCAGCCCCCGGCUCGGGGGGAGGGACAAGAAGAAGCCCAAGGGCCAAAGAGAGCAGCUCAACAAGGGCAAGAAGAUGAUGAGCAGGACCACCAACGAGUUCCAGGACAGCUCUGAGAGCGAGCCGGAGCUGUUCAUCAGCGGGGAUGAGCUGAUGAACCAGAACCAGAGCAGCAAGAAGAGCUGGAAGAACAAGAGGAGUCUCCGGAUGGCCAGCGAGCUAGAGGAGAUCAAGUGCCGCAAGGCCAACGAGAGGGAGGACCGCAGCCUGGGCAGCCAGGGCUUCGUGUACGUCAUGGCCAACAAGCAGCCGCUGUGGAACGAGGCCACCCAGGUGUACCAGCUGGACUUUGGUGGACGCGUCACUCAGGAGUCUGCAAAGAACUUUCAGAUCGAACUGGACGGCAGACAGGUGAUGCAGUUUGGACGGAUUGACGGCAACGCCUACAUCCUGGAUUUCCAGUAUCCUUUCUCUGCUGUGCAGGCCUUUGCUGUUGCCUUGGCAAAUGUAACGCAGCGGCUCAAGUGAAAGACUCUACUGAUUUGUACUUAAUAAUAAUUAUGUUGUAUUUCAAAUACAAGCAUUGGAUUUAGGCAAAAGCUAGGAAUUCACAAAGGGAACAAGCAACAUGAAUUAUUGGGAAAGGAAUAUAAUGUGUACAUUAUCUUAAAUAUGCACAUCAUUUACAAUAGGUAGGAUAGAUAUCUCACUUUAAGACCAAGAACUAUUAACUCAUUAUGGACUUCAUGUGUCAAUGUGAUUAGAAUGCAAGUAUUAUGCUGGCUAUAGGUAUUGCGCUAUAAAAAAGUCCACGAUAUAAAUAAAGGUUUAAAAGAAAUAUAUUUUUGAAAAAUAUAUAUUUAACCAUCAGUGGCAGUGGCAUUUUUCCCAGCUCUAAUUGGUUACAUAUGAUGACUAUAGAACUUAUUAAAUAUCACAAAUAAUGCAAACAAUUCAAGGUGAAUACGUCAUUUCAGACACUGGGCGCUUUGCUUUCAUUUGUGAGUAUGUACACAGUGAUACAUUUUCCUUCGGGAAAUGAGUGUUCUUAUUUGCGCUUUUUAUGUUGAUCACUAGCUGGUGUGACAAAGUAACAAAACUAUUUAACUUUUAAAUGGCCAAAAAAAAAGAUAUAUAUUUAUGAUCUAUCCGUUAUCCUGGUAUUGAAAUGAGGAGCAAGAGGAAUUAAACCCUGGACACCUUGAGUUCUCUGGGUUUUUGGUUGUUUUUUCUCGGUUGGCGUUGUGCGUCAUUUGUGUGGAUUAUUAUUACGCUACUUGAAUGUGAAGUGCUUUGCCUCCUGGAGGUCAUGCUGCUUUGGAUAGACUGAGCAUGUCUGCAAUAAUGAGACUUAAAAUUGAUGUUUUACUUUCCAAAAGAUGAUAUGAAGCUGCUUGUGCCGUCUGUAUAAUAAAUAGCCUUUGUCGGGACAUUUCAUGAUGAAUUAAACAAAAGUAGUGGGUAGAUGUUGCUAGUUCCUGUAAUAGUCAUUCGCUUUUUCAUAGUGACGACACUGAGGGAUGACUUUAUUGAUGAUUGCAUUCAACGAUGACAUUGGUUGGAAUGCAACAUUGUCAUAAAACACCAGGUGUGAGAUAUAUGUGAGUUGCUGCAAUCGUAAACUAUGAUUUUGGUCAAUAUUUACAGAUGUGUAUUAUUGUCUUUUUUGGAAAAUAUUUAAAAGAGUUGUUUUUCCUGAGCCUAUAAUCGAGUAGCCUACGUUUCAUUUCAGAAUGCCACUUUUAUACUUAGUUAUUUUCAGUUAUUACUGCCUUACUUGGUUGCCUAAUUGUCUUUUUUUCCCUUUUUUUUGUAAACAAUACAUAUGUAAAGUAAUGGUUUAUAAGCCCAGGAACUUAAUAAAAUACUUUCUUUGAAAUGCUUAA